CUUCAACCUUCGAACAUUGAAUGAAAUGAAACAAACGGAAUUACGUCGCUGGCUGAGCUAACGGUUAAUCGAUGAUGCACGAACGGUUCCGACUGUUCCCCCUCAUAAUAUCGUCGGCUUUUAUUUUUGACACAGUUUCAAGUUGAACGUGGUGUUUGGGUUACGGACAGUUUUCGUAGAACUGAGUUGAAUCAUUGCAUAAAUUAAGAAUUUAAAAUGAUAGUUACUAGUGUUUGUAGACUGUGUAUGUCGGAAAAAGAACUCCGUUGGGUUUUUGACGAAGGAAUUACUGGUGAAAGUGAUAUGAAAACAAUAAUUUUCAUUACUACGGGCGUAGAGAUUUUACAAAAUGAUAUCAUCUCACAAAAAAUAUGCAGUAACUGUUUUAAAUUGACCGGAAAAAUGUUCGAGUUCCGAGAAAGAGCAGUUAAGACUGACAAAUAUUUGAAGGAUCAGUGCAAAAACGCUAAUCAAAAUCACGAAAUUACGGACACUGAACACCCCAGUGUAAUACCAAUAAAGUCGAAAAAUACCACUCAAAUCGUUUCUCCUAUUAAUAAUGAGAACGAGGUUCCUAACAAAGCUGCAACACAUGAAAUUAAUCCAUCAUUGAUCACUCCAGAAAAAUCAAAACCCGUAGAAACUCUGUUAACAGAUACAACUCCCGAAUUUUCGAAAAAGAAAGCGAAAAAGAGGGUUCACUGGAGUAUUGAAGAAAUAUUCGCAAAACACAGCGAAAUAAAACUACCUUCAUCUUGCUUAAGACUGGACGUUAGCCCGUCUGUCAACUUGGAAAUGGACUUCGUAGAAGAAUAUUUUCGACAGAACAAGCAAGAUAUUAAGAAAUACGUUCAACAUGCAUUAAGGUCUAAUCGAGCAUCUAAAAAAACAUUGCAAGUAAAACAGAAAAAGCCGAUUAAAGCUAACAACAGUAGUGUAGAGGAUAAUAAACGCAUCGUUGAGGAAAACACACCUGGUGUGAUAAAACAUCCAGAUCACUUUAAAGUUAGGUUAUCUAAUAUCCCACAAUCUCAAAAGUGUACAGGCAGUGAAGAUAACGACGACGACUAUGGAAUAGUCAAAUCUUUUAAACAAAGUAAAAGAAGAAGGAUAAGUGACUCUUCUACCGAAGCGGAAUCAAUGAAACAACCCACGAUAAUGGAACUACCCACGUUAAUGGAAAAUGCAAUGGAACAACCCACGUUAAUGGAAAAUGCAAUGGAACAACCCACGUUAAUGGAAACUUUACAGCUUAAACCAAAAGAAAACGCAUUUGUACAUAGAUGCACCAUAUGUAAUUCUUUGCAACGUAGCGCUAAAGCACUCAGAGAGCACUACCAAACGCACUUAAAGUGCACUUAUUGCAAGAAAAGAUUCAAACUUUUGAAUCGAAAAGAGGUACACGAUACGAACUGUGCAAUUAAGUUUUGUUUAACUAGACCGGUAUAUGUGAAAUUGGAAAAAAUUGAUGCUACGAAAUAUCUAUCCGAAGAUAUUGAGCCUGUUCCAGUUCAAUCAUUUGAAAAGACUGAUGCAAUCGCCAUUCAAGUAAAUAAUCCAAAAAAUGCCAAAAAGUUUACUGACGAAAUUAUCGAAUUAUCUGAUGAUGAUACUGAUCCAAAUCCGCCGACACCUUCACCUCUAGUUGCGACGUGUACUUCAAAAAGUACCGAUUUACCAGCUACAUUAAAUACCAUACCAUUAAAUAUCGAACUACCGAAAUUGAUACCUAUAACUCCGCCAUCUAAUACUAUUAUUGAACAAUCGCAGUGCACCGGUACAUCCAUAGUUAAACCUUUCGUUGACAUAAAAGAUAACAGCGUGUUAAAUACAAUCGAUACAUCACUCCCAGAUAAUAAAGUACUUAAACAGUUGUUGUCUUCGUCUAAACUUAAUAAUUUAAAAUUGCUUAUUGAAGAUGAGACACAAACAAACAUACCGUCCAACGACGAAGUUCGAUAUUCAAAUCAAGUUGCCGAAUUUAAAAAUCUCUUUCCGCAAUUGUAUGCGUAUAAAAUUCCAAUCAGUGUUAAAAAAGGAGAAUUUAAAGUUUCUUACCAAAAAACCCAAAAAUCCGCACCAAAUAACAAAAAAUCUCUAGCUCAUUGGAGUCAUACGAAGCCAGUAGAUAUUAAAAGCACUAACAAUGCAAUUUUUAAUAUCGAAAACUUUAAUAAGCAUAUAUCAUUAGAUAUUCCAUUGUUCAACUUGUCGAAUCAAAAAUCUCAGCCCACGAUUUUAAAUCACACUGUAAUAUCUCAAAAUUUGCCUCAAAUUGUUCCAACUACUGCCGCUCCAAGAUUAAAAACAUAUCAACCGGCUCAGAACAGUAACUUUCCAGUUAUUCAUCAGCCAGCACCAACUCAAAUUAGGCAGAUUCAAAGUGUGCCCCGAGUUCAAACUCAAUCUAAAAAUUUUCUGGUGUAUAGUUUACCUCAACAAGCUCAAACUCAACUUAGUAAUGUUCAGGCAUCCAAUAUGCUACAAGUUCAAACCCAAACUAGCAAUAUUCAGGCUCAUAGUUUACCCCAACAAGUUCAAACUCAAACUAGCAAUAUUCAGGUUCGUAGUUUACCUCAAAGAAUUCAAACCCAAACUAGUAAUAUUCAGACUCAUAAUUUACCUCAACAGAUUCAAACCACUAGCAAUACACCUAUCAGUUUGACAAGGCAAAUUCAAAGUAACAUUCAAUCUCUAACUGCGCCACAAGAGAUGCCAACCGUCAGUGUUCAGAAUCAUGUUUUGCAGCAAACUUUACAAUAUCAAAUACAAAAUGUGCCCCAUCAGACAUCAAGUAAUACCAUUCCAAUAAGUAGUUCUAUGUUUACGAUAAAUCCAAAUUUGCAAAACAUUCAACAGACGCCAGUGUACAAUGCUGAUGUUCAAAAUUUAAAUAAUUAUUUUCUUAAUUCCAAUAAUAAUACAGUUAUUGCUCCAGUUACUAAUAGUACUUCGUCUCUAAACAGUACUAUAACUAAUAAUAUUCAAGGUCCGAUUAACACAAAUGAAAACACUUUUUCUAGAGGCGAUAUCCAAAGCAACCCACAAAAUUAUGAUCUCAAUUCUAAGAUUUUAAACAUUCCUGCAUCAGUAACACCUGUUUCUUUAACUAACACUGCGGCAAGUACUUCAUCACAUUUGUUAGUAAGAAAUAAUUCAACUUCAACCAUAACUAAUUUCAUGGAAAAUACUUCAUAUCAGAGUAGUACAAGCAAAACUGCACCUCCACCUAACGUUAAUCCUUUUAGUAAGACUGCUGUUGGUACCAUUUCUGGCAUCAAUACAUUUGCUAGUACUAGUACGGAAUCCCAAAGAAAUAGUACAACAAGUAAUGUUGAAAGUAAUAAAGAAGUGCAUAAACCAAUGAUUAGAAUUUUACAAAAUGAUAUCAUCUCACAAAAAAUAUGCAGUAACUGUUUUAAAUUGACCGGGAAAAUGUUCGAGUUCCGAGAAAGAGCAGUUAAGACUGACAAAUAUUUGAAGGAUCAGUGCAAAAACGCUAAUCAAAAUCACGAAAUUACGGACACUGAAUACCCCAGUGUAAUACCAAUAAAGUCGAAAAAUACCACUCAAAUCGUUUCUCCUAUUAAUAAUGAGAACGAGGUUCCUAACAAAGCUGCAACACAUGAAAUUAAUCCAUCAUUGAUCACUCCAGAAAAAUCAAAACCCGCAGAAACUCUGUUAACAGAUACAACUCCCGAAUUUUCGAAAAAGAAAGCGAAAAAGAGGGUUCACUGGAGUAUUGAAGAAAUAUUCGCAAAACACAGCGAAAUAAAACUACCUUCAUCUUGCUUAAGACUGGACGUUAGCCCGUCUGUCAACUUGGAAAUGGACUUCGUGGAAGAAUAUUUUCGACAGAACAAGCAAGAUAUUAAGAAAUACGUUCAACAUGCAUUAAGGUCUAAUCGAGCAUCUAAAAAAACAUUGCAAGUAAAACAGAAAAAGCCGAUUAAAGCUAACAACAGUAGUGUAGAGGAUAAUAAACGCAUCGUUGAGGAAAACACACCUGGUGUGAUAAAACAUCCAGAUCACUUUAAAGUUAGGUUAUCUAAUAUCCCACAAUCUCAAAAGUGUACAGGCAGUGAAGAUAACGACGACGACUAUGGAAUAGUCAAAUCUUUUAAACAAAGUAAAAGAAGAAGGAUAAGUGACUCUUCUACCGAAGCGGAACCAAUGAAACAACCCACGAUAAUGGAACUACCCACGUUAAUGGAAAAUGCAAUGGAACAACCCACGUUAAUGGAAACUUUACAGCUUAAACCAAAAGAAAACGCAUUUGUACAUAGAUGCACCAUAUGUAAUUCUUUGCAACGUAGUGCUAAAGCACUCAGAGAGCACUACAAAACGCACUUAAAGUGCACUUAUUGCAAGAAAAGAUUUAAACUUUUGAAUCGAAAAGAGGUACACGAUACGAACUGUGCAAUUAAGUUUUGUUUAACUAGACCGGUAUAUGUGAAAUUGGAAAAAAUUGAUGCUACGAAAUAUCUAUCCGAAGAUAUUGAGCCUGUUCCAGUUCAAUCAUUUGAAAAGACUGAUGCAAUCGCCAUUCAAGUAAAUAAUCCAAAAAAUGCCAAAAAGUUUACUGACGAAAUUAUCGAAUUAUCUGAUGAUGAUACUGAUCCAAAUCCACCGACACCUUCACCUCUAGUUGCGACGUGUACUUCAAAAAGUACCGAUUUACCAGCUACAUUAAAUACCAUACCAUUAAAUAUCGAACUACCGAAAUUGAUACCUAUAACUCCGCCAUCUAAUACUAUUAUUGAACAAUCGCAGUGCACCGGUACAUCCAUAGUUAAACCUUUCGUUGACAUAAAAGAUAACAGCGUGUUAAAUACAAUCGAUACAUCACUCCCAGAUAAUAAAGUACUUAAACAGUUGUUGUCUUCGUCUAAACUUAAUAAUUUAAAAUUGCUUAUUGAAGAUGAGACACAAACAAACAUACCGUCCAACGACGAAGUUCGAUAUUCAAAUCAAGUUGCCGAAUUUAAAAAUCUCUUUCCGCAAUUGUAUGCGUAUAAAAUUCCAAUCAGUGUUAAAAAAGGAGAAUUUAAAGUUUCUUACCAAAAAACCCAAAAAUCCGCACCAAAUAACAAAAAAUCUCUAGCUCAUUGGAGUCAUACGAAGCCAGUAGAUGUUAAAAGCACUAACAAUGCAAUUUUUAAUAUCGAAAACUUUAAUAAGCAUAUAUCAUUAGAUAUUCCAUUGUUCAACUUGUCGAAUCAAAAAUCUCAGCCCACGAUUUUAAAUCACACUGUAAUAUCUCAAAAUUUGCCUCAAAUUGUUCCAACUACUGCCGCUCCAAGAUUAAAAACAUAUCAACCGGCUCAGAACAGUAACUUUCCAGUUAUUCAUCAGCCAGCACCAACUCAAAUUAGGCAGAUUCAAAGUGUGCCCCGAGUUCAAACUCAAUCUAAAAAUUUUCUGGUGUAUAGUUUACCUCAACAAGCUCAAACUCAACUUAGUAAUGUUCAGGCAUCCAAUAUGCUACAAGUUCAAACCCAAACUAGCAAUAUUCAGGCUCAUAGUUUACCCCAACAAGUUCAAACUCAAACUAGCAAUAUUCAGGUUCGUAGUUUACCUCAAAGAAUUCAAACCCAAACUAGUAAUAUUCAGACUCAUAAUUUACCUCAACAGAUUCAAACCACUAGCAAUACACCUAUCAGUUUGACAAGGCAAAGUCAAAGUAACCUUCAAUCUCUAAGUGCGCCACAAGAGAUGCCAGCCGUCAGUGUUCAGAAUCAUGUUUUGCAGCAAACUUUACAAUAUCAAAUACAAAAUGUGCCCCAUCAGACAUCAAGUAAUACCAUUCCAAUAAGUAGUUCUAUGUUUACGAUAAAUCCAAAUUUGCAAAACAUUCAACAGACGCCAGUGUACAAUGCUGAUGUUCAAAAUUUAAAUAAUUAUUUUCUUAAUUCCAAUAAUAAUACAGUUAUUGCUCCAGUUACUAAUAGUACUUCGUCUCUAAACAGUACUAUAACUAAUAAUAUUCAAGGUCCGAUUAACACAAAUGAAAACACUUUUUCUAGAGGCGAUAUCCAAAGCAACCCACAAAAUUAUGAUCUCAAUUCUAAGAUUUUAAACAUUCCUGCAUCAGUAACACCUGUUUCUUUAACUAACACUGCGGCAAGUACUUCAUCACAUUUGUUAGUAAGAAAUAAUUCAACUUCAACCAUAACUAAUUUCAUGGAAAAUACUUCAUAUCAGAGUAGUACAAGCAAAACUGCACCUCCACCUAACGUUAAUCCUUUUAGUAAGACUGCUGGUGGUACCAUUUCUGGCAUCAAUACAUUUGCUAGUACUAGUACGGAAUCCCAAAGAAAUAGUACAACAAGUAAUGUUGAAAGUAAUAAAGAUGUGCAUAAACCAAUGAUUAGAAUAGUUCAUAUUGCCCUAACCUCCUCUAAUGAUGAAAAAAGUACCAACAAUUACCAAAAUAUUGUAUCAAGUUCUUUAACAGAUAAUGAUAAAAUUGUUAACCUAUUAGUUGAUGAAAUUUAG